AUGGGUACACACGCUGGUUCGAAGGGUGCCUCCCCUCCUAGCAGCCUGCGCACUAAUAUCCCCUGGUCUUUUGAAUGCCUUUGCUUGAAAUUUGUUCCCUCCCAUGUGCUGGAGCCUCCCAGCAGCUCUGCGUACGUGGAUGCCCUCGCUCCCUUCAUGGCCUUUCUACAGUGGAGGCUUAGGGCUAGGGUUGGAGCUGCAGCAAGUGCUGGAGUUGCGAGCUUGCUAUUGGAGACAUGCGCGCCAGCUGCUGGUGGGCUUGGUGCAUGCAGGCAUUCUAGGCUGGGUGAGUUGGAGCUGCUGGAGAUGGGCAGAUGGGCCGGGCUAUAG